GCAUCCCUGCUCAUUGCUUGAGCUGCUGCUCUCUGAUGUCUGCCAGUGCAGAUUUCAGUUAAAUGAGCCCAGUCUCUCAUUGAUACAGUAUGGCUAUGUAGUACAUGCAUGCAUCACUCUGUAGGUUUAUUAUCCUUUUGUCAGGCCAACCUGUCAGGGCUAUAAGCUGUUUUCUAACCUUCUGUUCUGGAUCUUCAGCCUCACUGUCGGACUUGAACAUCCUUAGAUUGGACAUCAUCUUCGUCCUGUGAUGAUCGCAGUCAGCAGAACGAGGUCUCUCUACCAGAGGCUCAACAGUGAUAUCAAAGAUAGGCUGGCUGUCUGCACCUUCAGUCUCCAUACAGCCAACACAACAGUAAACCUUCUCAGGGAUGAUGGCCCAGUGGUCUCUGCCAUCAGAAGAGGAGAUGUGAAAGCCAUUAAUGAUCUGGUAACAUCUGCUCCAGGCAGCCUGCUGAAGGAGAACAAAGAUGGGUGGAUAGCUCUUCAUGAUGCUGCCUUCUGUGGACAGGAGGAGUGUGUGAAGUCCCUACUGAGGGCCCAUCCAGGUUCUGUGGACAAGCGUACCUUGCAGGAGCAGACUGCACUGCUGCUCGCCGUGUCAUGUGAACACUUGUCAUGUGUGCGGUGUCUUCUGGAGGCAGGUGCUGACCCCGACAUCAGCAGCAAGAACAAAGAAACCCCUUUGUACAAAGCCUGUGAGCUGGAGAACACAGACAUGGUGAGCCUCAUCCUGUCAUAUGGAGCCUCUGUGAACCAGCGCUGUGGUCAGGGAUGGACCGCCCUUCACGAAGCUGUGUCCAGGAACAACACAGAGAUCUGUGAGAUGCUUCUAAGAGCUGGGGCCACGAUCAAUCCAGCCAACACCUACAGCAUCACACCGCUCAUUGUAGCUGCUCAGCGAGGACAGAUGAGGGCUCUGAGUUACCUCAUUGGAAAAGGUGCAGAUGUGAACAUCCAGACGUGUGAUGGUGUCACAGCGCUGCAUGAGGCGAGUAAAAAUGGCUACAGGGAAGUUGUAGCUUUUCUGUUGACCAAGACUGCAGAUGCAAACAAACCAGCAAACUCAGGACUGCUGCCGCUGCAUGUUGCUGCACAGUAUGGAUACCAUGAGAUUGUGUCCCUGCUGGUCUCUGUGACAAGUCGAGCCAUGCUCCGUCACAGCUGCGUCAGCCCCCUCCACCUGGCAGCAGAGCACGACAGACACACGGUGGCAGCUGUGCUUCUCAGGACAGGUGCAGACGUAAACGCCACUCUCCCCCACAGUCACUCCCUCCAGUACGAUGACCGACGUGUGACAGCCCUCUACGUCGCCAUUGCCAAUGGCAGCACCAAGACAGCAGAGGUGCUGCUGAACGCUGGUGCUAGUUUAACUCUGGACCCUGUCAGCCCUCUGCUGAUGGCCGUACGGCGGGGCUGUGUCUGCACUGUGUCCCUGCUGCUGGACAGAGGGGCUGAUGUGGAUGCCAGAAUCCCAUCUUAUCCUACUACAUUUCCUGCUGCUAUUGCACUUUGCAUGAAUAAUCUGCCUUUACUCAAGAGCCUCUUGGACAAUGGCUGCAAUGCUCUCUCCUGUUUUAAGUGCACAUACUGCAGUGCCCCUCACCCAGCAUCAGGAGGGACACAAUUAAGAACUGUUAGCAGCAAUGGAUAUGACAACAUGCUCCCUUUAAACUGGAGUGAGCCACCAGAGAGACCAACACAGUUUUGUGAGUGGAUCUCUACACCAGUGAUGCGUAAAUCAGCAGGACCCAUCAUUGACCUGCUGCUGGAGCAUGUAGCUCACGUUCAGCUGUGCAGCAAGCUCAAUGAACUGCUGGACAGCCGGGAAGAAUGGCUGGCUGUGAAGAGGAAGUCGUUGUCCCCUCGCCCGCUGCUGCACCUCUGCAGAUUCAGAAUCCGGACACAAAUAGGGAGAGACAGACUGGACUCUCUCACAAGCCUACCUCUGCCGGACAGACUGAUCAGAUACCUGAGCCACGCUGACUGACUCCCACAUGAACUAAAAACAAUAGAAGCGUCAGAGAUGAGACUAAAUUAAUCAUGUUUUUGUUUCUUUUUUUAGUCACAUCUGAGAUCUGGAAUCUUUAAAUGGUGCUUUCAAAGCAGCUCUUCAUGUUUGAAAUAUCUAUUUAUAACCUGUGUAAUGUGACAAACGCAUUCUUUAAUGUGUCCAUCAGGAUGUUUUGUAGUUUCUCAGUGAAAGAGAAAAAGAUCCAAUGCCCAAAGGAGUUCUUGAGGGAAGCAGAAUCAUUUAUUUAAAAAUAAAAGUCAUCAUUUCAA